AUUUCCAGUCUUGCGUACUGGGCUCCGAACUCGGUAGGGCCCCGCCCCCACCCCGUUGCCAGGGCAUCGGGCUGCCCGGAGCGGGCAAGGUCGGCCAGGAGAGGAGGUGUGGUGUCCCGUGGCCGGCUGGGACUUCCACGCAGCCGGGCCGGCGGGACUACAGGAUGGGCUGAGGCGGCGGCGGUUCUCAGGACGAGGUCGACAGCGCCGCGAGACGGGCCAUUUGGGUUGGGGCUGCACAGACUGCGUGUUUGAGGAGGGGGCAGGACGGAUGGGUGACUGUAGUGCUGAGAAGCCAGGCUUGAAAAUGGAGAUGUAUGAAACCCUUGGAAAAGUGGGAGAGGGAAGUUACGGAACGGUCAUGAAAUGCAAACAUAAGGAUACUGGGCGGAUAGUGGCCAUUAAGAUAUUCUAUGAGAAACCAGAAAAAUCUGUCAACAAAAUUGCAACGAGAGAAAUAAAGUUUCUAAAGCAAUUUCGGCAUGAAAACCUGGUCAAUCUGAUUGAAGUUUUUAGACAAAAAAAGAAAAUUCACUUGGUAUUUGAAUUUAUUGACCACACAGUCUUAGAUGAGCUACAGCACUACUGUCACGGACUAGAGAGUAAGCGGCUGAGAAAGUACCUGUUCCAGAUCCUUCGAGCAAUUGAGUACCUGCACAAUAAUAAUAUUAUCCAUCGAGAUAUAAAGCCUGAGAAUAUUUUAGUCUCCCAGUCAGGAAUUACGAAGCUCUGUGAUUUUGGGUUUGCAAGGACAUUAGCAGCUCCUGGAGAUGUUUACACAGACUACGUGGCCACACGCUGGUACAGAGCUCCAGAGCUGGUGUUGAAAGACACCUCCUACGGAAAACCAGUGGAUAUCUGGGCUUUGGGCUGUAUGAUCAUUGAAAUGGCCACAGGCAAUCCCUACCUUCCUAGCAGUUCCGAUUUGGAUUUGCUCCACAAGAUUGUUUUAAAAGUAGGCAACCUGACCCCACACCUGCACAGUAUCUUCUCCAAGAGUCCCAUCUUUGCCGGGGUGGUCCUUCCUCAAGUUCAACACCCAAAAAACGCAAGAAAGAAAUACCCAAAGCUCAACGGAUUGCUGGCAGAUAUAGUUCAUGCUUGUUUACAAAUUGAUCCUGCUGAGAGGAUAUCAUCUACUGAUCUUUUGCGUCACGAUUACUUUACUAGAGAUGGAUUUAUUGAGAAAUUCAUACCAGAGCUGAGAGCUAAAUUAUUACAGGAAGCAAAGGUUAAUUCGUUUAUAAAGCCAAAAGAGAAUUUUAAAGAAAAUGAACCUGCGAGAGAUGAGAAAAAAUCAUUUUUUACCAACACUCUGCUCUAUGGAAAUCCAUCACUUUAUGGAAAGGAAGUGGACAGAGACAAAAGGGCCAAGGAGCUCAAAGUCAGAAUCAUGAAGGCCAAAGGGGGAAAAGGAGACGUCCCAGACCUGAAGAAGACAGAGUGUGAAGGUGACCACCGCCAGCAGGGCCCAGCUGAUGACGCACACUCCUCAUCCCUGGACGGGAAGCCUCCUGUCUCAGAACUUACAAACACUGUCAAUCCCAGUGCGAAUUCUGACUGUGUCAAAGAAGAGCCACACUCCGGGGGUUGUAUGAUAAUGCCACCUAUCAACCUGACAAGCAGUAAUUUGUUGGCUGCAAAUCUCAGUUCAAACCUCUCCCACCCCAAUUCACGGUUAACUGAAAGAACAAAAAAGAGACGUACUUCUUCACAAACUAUUGGACAAACUUUGUCUAAUAGCAGACAAGAGGACACAGGUCCCACACAAGUCCAAACAGAGAAAGGUACAUUUAAUGAACGAACAGGUCAGAAUGACCAAAUAGCGAGUGGGAACAAAAGGAAGCUGAAUUUUUCCAAAUGCGACAGGAAAGAAUUCCAUUUCCCUGAACUGCCGUUCACAAUCCAGGCGAAGGAGAUGAAAGGGAUGGAAGUUAAACAGAUAAAAGUGCUGAAGAGAGAAUCAAAGAAAACAGAUUCACCUAAAAUACCAACUUUACUUAGUAUGGACCCAAAUCAAGAAAAACAAGAGGGUGGAGAUGGCGAUUGUGAGGGGAAGAAUUUGAAGAGGAACAGAUUUUUUUUUCCCGAUAGUGCUUUGUCUUUUAAGUAAUCUUAAAAAUACAAGCUUGACAGCUCCUUCCUUUUUAUUUUAUAUACAAUAGAAUCUAACAUAGGCUGCUGCUAAGACAGCCACCCAUCCCAUCUGCAUCAGCAUCAUCUACGUUUUUGGUUUUGCUAGCAAAAUUUUAACCAUUUUUCUCUUUCUUCUAAAAACUGUGUUAUUUUGAUGCUGUGAUUUGAAAUUAUAAACUCACCUUCUCUGCCUGCUUCCUUCCUUGCCAUGGUUACUGAGUGGGUAGUCACAUGAUGUGCCCUGUUCACACUGCUCUUAGACUGCUGAGAGUCAAACCUCAUAAGCUAGGUGUCUCCUGGAAAACACUGGCCUCUUCGAGUGGAUGCUGGAUGGACCUUCUUAUCUGUUGUCUUAGUAACCACUUGUUGCCAUCACAUGAAGAAAGACAUUCUGUUGUCAGCAGUGAAGCAUUUAUAGUACUUACAUAACAUCCGACAGUGAUAGGAUGUUCCUAGGUUAAAUUCCUUGAAGUGAAACAAUUGCCUACAUUCUCUGACUCCCCAACUCUAAUAAUUCCUUCCAUUUAGCCAGAAGAAUUUCCUGAAGCAGCAAUGUACAACCUGGAAAAGGUUUACUUUCUAUCCUGGGCUGUUUUCUGUUGAAGAAUAAUACAGACUGGGUAGUUAGUUAAC